CCAUGAAAAUUGCCUUUAUGGGUGAUGAUACUUGGGUUUCUCUAUUCCCUGAUCAAUUCGAUCAAAAUAUGACUCAUCCUUUUCCUUCUUUCAAUGUUUGGGACCUACAUACUGUUGAUGAUGGAAUAUUAAAUUUAUUGGGUCCAACUUUGAAACUGGAAAAUGAUCGUAAAGGUUCUUCCUUAACACAAUCUCAUUCAAAUUCUUCACAAUGGGAUAUAUUAAUUGCUCAUUUCCUAGGUGUUGAUCAUUGUGGACAUCGUUAUGGACCUGAUCAUCCAGCUAUGGCUGAAAAAUUAGGUCAAAUGGAUGAUAUGAUACGGAAUGUUAUUAGAGAUAUUGAUGAUAAUACUGUCGUAUUUAUUAUGGGUGAUCAUGGUAUGGAUCCUAAAGGUGAUCACGGUGGUGAUAGUGAAGAAGAAGUUGAAUCUACACUUUUCAUGUAUAGUAAGAAACGGUUGACACUUGACGCGACAAACGUUCUUUCCAGGAUUUACCAAAAAUUAGAUGCGAUCGAGUCUCAUGGUUCAAAGUCGUUUACUGAAAAGUAUGGAACUUGGAGGAGCAUUCCUCAAAUUGAUCUUGUUCCGACGUUGGCUCUUCUUCUGGGAAUUCCAAUACCAUUUAACAAUUUAGGUUCGGUGAUCCCUGAAGUGUUUCUUUUUAACUCUGAAGAUGAGGAUUUAAAUAUUAACAAACAAUUAAUGAAUCUCUUGGAUGUUACGCGCCUUAAUGUUGAGCAGGUAUAUCGAUACAUCAUUGAGUAUUCUCUUCAGCAGCCAUCUACUGAACUAUCAAAAGAUGUUAUUCAUGUUCUUCGAAAUAUGUUUGAACAUGCGGAAUCAAAAUAUAAUUUGCUGAAAAAUUCUUCAGAUUUUCCAUUAAUUGAUGAUUUGGAAGAUUUAAUCGUACUUUACAUGAGUUUCCUAAAGAAUACUUUGUUCAUAUGUAGACGACUGUGGGCUCAAUUUGAUUUACACCUAAUAAUAACAGGAAUUAGUAUCUUAUUUUCAAGUUGUGUGUGUAUUGGCUUGCAUAUUACACGAAACACAAAGAGUUUUGACAAUCAAAAGACCGUUAUGUACGCGUUUAUUGGUGGAAGUUUUGGUGCAAUAUUCUCUUUAGGGUUCAUUAAAUUCAUAGAUCCGUUAAUAAUAGGUUCUAGCUUCUCAACUUUUGAUUUUACAAUAUUCGGUGCUUCGUUUGGAUCAAUGAUAGCUUUCAUAAUUCAUUACAUAAGAUUUGAUUCGUUACCCAUUUUACAAAAGAAUUUUCCUUUCAUAUCUUUUGACGCGUUCAUGUCCAUAUUUUUUUUAAUAAUUAAUUCGUUUUUAUUUGCAUCGAACAGUUUUACAGUAUAUGAAGAUCGUAUUACAGUUUUCUUAUUACAGACAUUUGGACUUUUUACGUUAUUUAAAUCAUUUAAAAUCAAAACCAAGGGAUUAAGACUAAAAUUACAGUUUUUUACAUUAAUGUACUUAUUAGCUACACGGAUUGCUGCAUAUUCCACGAUAUGUAGAGAAGAACAAAUGCCUUAUUGUAUUUCAACAUUUUACAUUUCUCCAACAUCAACCGUGUCAUCACCACUUACCUUGACAAUCUUGAUAGCGAUGACAGUAUUUAUGCCAUACAUUAUUUGUCGUUUAUUAAAUUUAUCUGGAAGUUAUAAUGGUAUAGCACCUUUAUGGAUUGAAUUCGGGUUAAGAGGUGGAUUAAUAUUGUCUGCUGCUUAUUGGGUAAUGGAUAACUUAGAUAGCAAUUCAACUUCUAAUAGAGAUGAAACAAAUUUUAACACAACGGAUAUACUAUUCAACCAAGGUUGGAGGUGGUUCAAAAAUUUUAUAGUUAGACUCGCUUUUGGACUAUCUACUAUAGUUGGAACUGUAGCAUGGUCGACAAGUCCAUUAUGCUUAGAAUUAAAAAUGAUCGAUAUUGAACCGGAUGAAAUAUUAAAUGAAAAUUCUACAAAAUCUGACAAAAAUAUACAUGUAAAAUUAAAAAAUUCAAGUAGUCAAACAUCUUCAAAGCAGCCGGUGAAAUCCUUUGAUGAUAAAUCAUCAUCGGAAAAACGAACUAAACAUUCAGGAAAAGCAUUUGAAAUAUUAGGAUACAGAAAUGCGUUUGGUUCAUCAUACUUUGUUUUUUUGACAAUAAUCUAUCUUCUUUUAUUUAUAACACAAAAACCAAUGGGAGGUAUAAUGUUAUCAAUUGGUUUAUGUCAACUAAUGUGUUUAUUAGAAAUUAUAGACGCAAAACGAGAUGCUUAUGAAUUAAACAUUGAAAAAAAACCUUCAUCAAAAGAGGAUGAAAAAUACGUAUCGAAUGCAUCUUCCUCAUCUAACUCAUAUACUAAUAAUUUUCAAAACAAUUCUAUAAAAUUUCUUGAUGUAGUAAUUCUCUCAUUAUUAUCGUCAUUAUACUUUUUUUCAACAGGUCAUCAAGCGACAUUAUCUUCAAUUCAAUGGUCCGUCGGAUUCAUUGGCAUAGAAGAUUUGAGUUACAUUAUUUCUCCAUUAUUAGUCACAUUAAACACCCUUUCUUCUCAAAUUCUUUUUUCACUCGCAGUUCCAUUAUUAACUUUUUGGAAUAUUGCACCUAAAUCCGAUUACCCCUUAUUUCAACAACUUACUAGAACAAUUUUGAUGUAUAUGUUUUAUAAUGGUGUAGUGACAACUAGUAGUGUAUUUUGGGCGGCUUUUUUUAAAAGACAUUUAAUGGUUUGGAAAGUAUUUGCACCCAGAUUUAUGUUGGGAGGAAUUAAUUUACUUAUUGCGGAUUUGGUUAUUUGUGGACUUUCGAUUGGAUUUGGUUGUUGGAAAGUUAUGAAAGAGAUCACUAAAUAUUCUGAAAUUAUUUAUAAAUAG